AUGAAAUACCCUCCAAUCUCCGUCGGGAAGGACAAACGAAGCCUAGCGGAGAAAUACAAGAGACAAGAUAGAAGAAUCCUUAUUAAAACCGUGCAUGGUGACGUCCAGUGCACGGUAGGCUCAAACGAGCGACCCUGUCCGGCGGACUUCUGCUGCGUGCAUGACGACUUCUUGUUUCCGGACACGAUCUGCAAGCGCAUGGGAAAUACCAACAGCCUAUGUUUCACUAAGCUAUCGGACUUCGAGUGCCCGUGCAAGCCUGGGCUCAUGUGUGCCAGUAACCGCGCCGGCCAAAUAACGUCACUCUUCGGUCGCUGUUAUCCUAACGCCACCACAAUCGCGCCAAACACAAUCGUAACGCCAUCCACUUCCGUCAUCAUCACCAACAACUCCACCGCAAGCACUACCAUUACAACUGACAGGAGUAGCAGCACCAGCCCUACCACUGGUAGCAGCACCAGCUCUACCACUGAUAGCAGCACAAGCUCUACCACUGGUAGCAGCACCAGCUCUACCACUGUUAGCAGCACCUCCUCUACCACUGAUAGCAGCACAGCCUAUACCACUGAUAGCAGCACCAACACAGUUUCUACUACUGCUACCACAUCUACCACAUCAACAACUCCAAGUAUAGUCACCAAGAUAACGACGAAGAUGCUGUCAACAUCUCGCACUGCUCCGUCUUUUACUCGAUCUUCACCAUCUGUAGGCACAGGCGCAUCACGUGUCACCUCGCCGACAACAAAACCGUCUGCUCCUACCAUGACCACCACUGAUAAUGCUGAUACACAAUCAGCACCAACAACCACGCUGUCUAGCUUAUCAAGCAUUAGUGACCUAGGACACAAAAACACAGGCUCCUUGACCAUGAGAACGGUCGCCAUGGAUACAUCGGAAAUUAUAGAAACGAGCACCUCUGAACGCAAGACCAAUCGUGGCCUUGGUAACGACAGGAAAUCCACAAUGCCUGCUAUGAAGAUCUGGCCAGUCGGCUGA